AUGUUGAGUGUGAAUUCAAGUGUGGAUGAUAUCCACAACUAUCCAUAUCCGCAGCGAACAUCGCAAAUGAAUCCUAAUCUGUCAUCGGUGAACAUUUCCCAGCUCAACCAUCCCAAAGCUGUCAAGCCCCACUUCCUCGGACAAUUUUCACCACUUACGCCGCCCUCUUCAAAUGCUACUACUCCAGUUUGUGAGAAAAGCAAUGCUCACUUUUUUGCUCCUAUAAGCUCUCAAGCGAGGUCAAGUCCUACAAGUGAUGCCGACAAACUCUCCAAAUGGUUGCCAGUAGUUGACUUUGAGGUUGUCACAUUGUGCACUUUCUGGUACGCAUUUUCCAUAGUAUCAGCCAAUUCUACAAAGGCAAUCUUGUCUCGUUUUAAAUAUCCGGUUACAUUGACACAGUUCCAGUUCUUGACAAAUGCAUCUCUUUGCAUCCUCCUUUUCGCGGCAUUAUCACAUUAUCCUAAACUCUCCUCUCGCUUUCCUCAGGGGGCAGUUCCCCAGAUGCAUACGCUUGAUUACUCGAUCAUCAAGUUCAUCAAACCUACUGGCUACAUCGUAUCGACCACAUUGCCAAUGGGAAUAUUUCAGUUCAUGGGUCACAUUACGAGUCAUAAGGCCACUUCAGUCAUCCCUGUGUCGUUAGUCCACACUAUUAAGGCGCUUUCUCCAAUCACAACGGUUAUGAUCUACAGAAUAGUGUACAAAGCAAAGUAUCUGUGGGUGACGUAUGUCACAUUAAUUCCAUUGAUGUUAGGAAUAAUGCUCACAUGCUACAAGCCAAGAAAAGCCUCUUCUGCAAAUGAUCAUUAUUUCAGUGGUUUGGCCCAUGCCUUCAUUUCAAUGUUCAUUUUUGUUUCUCAGAAUAUCUUCGCCAAGAAAAGAUUAACAUAUAAGAGCGAUGAGUCGAGAGAGGCUCUUCCUACUUACAAGGGUAAACCCGAACAGAAGUUGGACAAAUUGACAAUUUUGCUCUUCUGUUCUGUCAUUGGUUUUGUCUUCACAAUUCCCAUUUACACCAUACUGGAGUUCCAAAAUGAAAACUUCUCGUUGUUUCAAAUGAACUGGUCCUUGUUCUUCUUGGUCGUUCUCAAUGGAACUUCCCAUUUUAUGCAAUCUUUGCUAGCAUUCAUGCUUCUCGGAUCUAUUUCUCCCAUCAAUUACUCAAUUGCGAACAUUAUGAAACGAGUCGCGGUCAUUUUGUUUGCAUUUGUAUGGGAAAGCACAUUUUCCUUCUCUGGUACUCAAGGUUAUGGAGUUUUGCUUACAAUUAUUGGUUUGUACUGCUACGAUAAAUGGGGCGGAGUAUCCAAGGAGAAACAUAGCAGAUCUUAA